CCGGCUUCGUGCAUGUAACAUCAUCAUCUCACAUAUUAUUCUAUACCCCAACCACCAUCAUGGCUCGGAACCCAAAGGAACAGUGGGAGAGGCUCCAAGUGAUUCUACAGAACCGCGGAAGCCGUGGAGGCUUUGGCUUCGGCGGUUUCCCAUCCGGCGGUCGCGGUGGCCUGGGGCUGUCGGGAGCUCUGCUCUUGCUCGGUGUCGGAGGAUGGGCUAUUUCAAACUCCCUUUUCAACGUCGAUGGUGGUCACCGUGCGAUCAAGUACUCGAGGGUAGGUGGUGUCCAGAAAGAAAUCUACAGUGAAGGCACACACCUCAGGAUCCCAUGGCUUGAAACACCGAUUAUCUAUGAUGUGCGCGCGAAGCCGCGGAACAUCGCCUCCCUUACUGGUACCAAGGACUUGCAGAUGGUGAACAUCACCUGCCGUGUUCUGUCGAGACCCCGAGUGGAUGCUCUUCCCCAAAUUUACCGUACUCUCGGACAGGAUUUCGAUGAGCGAGUCCUCCCAUCGAUUGUGAACGAGGUUCUGAAGAGCGUGGUUGCGCAGUUCAACGCUAGUCAGCUCAUUACUCAGCGUGAGAAUGUCGCCAGGAUGGUUCGGGAGAACCUUGCGCGCCGAGCGGCUCGCUUCAACAUCGCCCUUGACGAUGUGUCUCUUACGCACCUGACCUUCUCCCCUGAAUUCACCGCCGCUGUCGAAGCCAAGCAAGUCGCCCAGCAGGAAGCUCAGCGUGCGGCCUUCCUGGUCGACAAGGCUCGCCAAGAGAAACAAGCCUUCAUUGUCCGCGCUCAGGGUGAGGCUCGUUCCGCCGAACUCAUUGGUGACGCCAUCAAGAAGAGCAAGAGUUACAUCGAGCUACGUAAGAUCGAGAACGCACGCCACAUCGCGCAGAUCCUGCAGGAGAGCGGCGGCAGGAACAAGCUGUACCUGGAUUCCCAGGGUCUUGGUCUGAAUGUUAACGCCAACACCGACGAAUCGAAAUAAGAAUUUUUCUCUUUAAGGAAUAAUGACUAAGAUGGCUCCCUGCAGGACAUGCUCUUGAAGAAGCCUAGCCUCGCUACUAUAUUGAAUUAGUUGCAUCGAUCCUCAUUACCGGCGCUAUUGAUGUCGCUUGAAACGGACGACCUGGGGAGUGCGGGAUAGGGUAUCUGUACAAAUAGUUCCAGUGUUUUUUAAGAUUCUCAAAGCAAUCAGGCGAAAUGUUUCUCUUCUCUUUCAAAUAUGAUCUGACUUUGGAAUAUAAUAAUGAUCCGAACUAGAAUGCUCCCUAUGACUCGCUGUGUUUGCUCCGCGGAAUGCGAUUGGCUCCGCCCGCGGAGCUGGCCGCGGCGGAAAUUUUAUAUCGGCGGGGGAGCAACUUUUUAA